CAACACUCCAUCGUAUCAAACCAAUUUCAAGUGAUCAAGUACUACUACAAACACAAGCAACUUUCCUUCUCAAUCAAGCAAACCCCUUUUUCCAAAACUUCAUCAAAACACUUAAACAGUUCAUUUUAUUCCAUAUUAUUCAACAUGGCUCCUGAUAUCAUCACCGCCGCCAUCUCCGGGCCGAUCUCAAAGCCCGUGACUGCAGGACCGAGCCGGGCGUACGUGACAUUCUUGGCCGGGGACGGGGACUACUGGAAGGGCGUGGUGGGCCUGGCCAAGGGGCUGAGGAAGGUGAAGAGCAAGUAUCCGUUGGUGGUGGCGAUCCUGCCGGACGUGCCGGAGGACCACCGCCGCAUCCUGGUGGACCAGGGCUGCCUGAUCAGGGAGAUUGAGCCCGUCCACCCGCCGGAGAACCAGACCAAGUUCGCCAUGGCCUACUACGUUAUUAAUUACUCCAAGCUUCGUAUUUGGGAGUUCGUAGAAUACAGCAAGAUGAUAUACUUGGACGGUGACAUCCAAGUAUUCGGCAACAUAGACCACCUCUUCAACCACCCAGACUCCUACUUCUACGCAGUGAUGGACUGCUUCUGCGAGAAGAAUUGGAGAGACAGCCCACAAUACAAGAUUGGCUACUGCCAACAGUGCCCCAACAGGGUCCAGUGGCCAGCCCACAUGGGGCCCAAACCUCCUCUCUACUUCAACGCCGGCAUGUUCGUGUUCGAGCCCAGCUUGCCCACUUACCAUGACCUCCUAAGCACCCUCAAAGUCACUACUCCCACCCUUUUUGCCGAACAGGAUUUCUUGAACAUGUUUUUUAAGGACAAGUACAAGCCUAUCCCCUCUGUUUAUAAUCUUGUCUUGGCCAUGUUGUGGCGUCACCCGGAGAAUAUUAAUCUCGAGGAGAUCAAAGUCGUCCAUUAUUGUGCUAAUGGGUCUAAGCCUUGGAGGUUCACUGGAAAGGAAGAGAACAUGGACAGGGAAGACAUAAAGAUGCUGGUGAACAAAUGGUGGGACAUAUACAACGACGAGUCGUUGGACUACAAGAACGUCACCGGGGCUGCAAAUGCACCGACGGAACAAGUGAAAUUGGAGGCCCUUUUGGCCGCACUGUCAGAGGCCGGCGCAGUCCGUCAUGUCAGAGCCCCGUCGGCGGCUUAGUUUGUUGCUUAACUUGGAGGGUUGAUCAUGAAGUAGAGAAUAUUGUUCAAGUGUUUUCUUCUUGUCUUCCAAAUAUUAUUUGCAAUUGGAAGAAUUUUUUAUUUUUUAUUUUAUAUUUUUAAAGAAAAAAAAGGGAAAAAAAGUAUAUUAAGUUGUGGCAGUGUGAGUGCCUUUAGGUCUCUAAUAUUGGUUUCCUUACUUCUGUAUUGGACAACUAUUUAUAUAAUGAAAAAAGAUCCCAGAUGUAUAUAUUGU